CGCUUACCCCCCCGCCCCUUCCCAUCACCACCAUGUUCGACCCGUCCUCGUCGCCCGUCGACGAGUGUCCCUUUUGCGCCAUCGCCGCCGCGCACCCCCCCUACGACCCGCGCCGCCCGCCCGCCUCCCUCGCCGCCGACCUCACGACCCCGUCGUCCUUUGUCGUGCUCUCGACGCCCCUCCUCGUCGCCUUCCUCGACAUCAUGCCCCUCUCCCCCGGCCACCUGCUGCUGUGCCCGCGCCCGCACCGCCCCAAGCUCACCGACGCCACGCCCGCCGAGGCCCGCGCGCUGGGCGCCUACGUGCGCGUCCUGUCGGCGGCCCUGGCCCGCGCCACGGGCGUCGACGACUGGAACGUGGUGCAGAACAACGGCGCCGCCGCCUCCCAGGUCGUGCCCCACGUCCACUACCACCUGAUUCCGCGGCCCGAGAUACGCGCCAGCGGCCGCCUCAGCGAGAGCUUCACCAUGUUUGGCAAGGGUCGGCGCGAGGAGCUCGACGACGACGACGCCGAGAGGCUCGCCGCCGCGAUACGCAGCGAGGCGGCCGCGGUGCUACUGGCCGAAGAGCGGCAGCAACAGCGGCCUGACCGUGAUAACAGGGACGACCAUGGCGACGAUGACGACGACGAGGCCAAACACGGCAGAAGUAGGAGGAAGACCAAGUUAUGAUACCCCGUCCACGCGACACAACAAAGAUACACGGCAUACAUAUUACAUACAUACAUCCAUGCAUAUUCAAGCACAAGUUACACUUUGAGCAUCACUCGGCCCACGAUACGACGUUGACUGAUGCAACAAACACAAAACAACUCCUUGCUUCUAUAUAAUCUAGGUAUAUCCCACCAAGGUUUCCGUCAUGCCACCUCCCCCGCACACGCACGAUUGUCGUCCGCGACCCGACCGCCCAGAAUUCACAAGACGUCUCUCUCAGUUCCUGAGCUUCCUGUCGAAGACGCGGAUAGGCAGCCACUCGUCGUCGCAGACCUUGUACACGCCGAGGGUGUCGGCAAUGGUGUCAAUGGCCUUGAUGUCGUCGUCGGAAAGCUCGAGGCCGUCGAUCUGGAAGUUGGCCUCGACGCGCGAGGGCGUGACGCUCUUGGGGAUGACGCUCCAGCCCUUGGUCAGGCCCCAGACGAGCAGGACCUGCUGGGGCGUCUUGCCCUUGGCCUCGGCGAUGUGCAGCAGCGUAGCGUCCUUAUAAAAGGGCGAGUCCUGGGAGCCCAGGCACGAGUAUCCCGUGCUGUGGAUGCCCUUGCUCGUGUUGAGGGCCACCACCUCGGGCGAGGGGUAGCCCGGGUGCAGCUCGAUCUGGUUGACGGCGGGGACGACGUUGCAGCCCGGGUCGGCCAGCAGCUUCUCCAGGUUGAUGGUCUCGAAGUUGGAGACGCCAAUGUUGCGCGCCUUGCCCGUGCCGAGC